CGGGUGCUGGGGGCUCGAGAACCGAGCGGAGCUGGUUGAGCCUUCAAAGUCCUAAAACGCGCGGCCGUGGGUUCGGGGUUUAUUGAUUGAAUUCCGCCGGCGCGGGAGCCUCUGCAGAGAAAGAGCGCAAGAGAUGGACAUGGACAAACGGAUUCAUUUGGAACUGCGGAACAGGACGCCCUCUGAUGUGAAAGAGCUUGUCCUGGACAACUGUCGGUCGAAUGAAGGCAAAAUCGAAGGCCUCACGGAUGAAUUUGAAGAACUGGAGUUCUUAAGUACAAUCAACGUAGGCCUCACCUCAGUCGCAAACUUACCAAAGUUAAACAAACUUAAGAAGCUUGAACUAAGCGAUAACAGAAUCUCAGGGGGCCUGGAAGUAUUGGCAGAAAAGUGUCCGAACCUCACACAUCUAAAUUUAAGUGGCAACAAAAUUAAAGACCUCAGCACGAUAGAGCCACUGAAGAAGUUAGAAAACCUCAAGAGCUUAGACCUUUUCAAUUGUGAGGUGACCAACCUGAACAACUACCGAGAAAACGUGUUCAAGCUCCUCCCACAGCUCACAUACCUCGAUGGGUAUGACCGGGACGACAAGGAGGCGCCCGACUCGGACGCCGAGGGCUACGUGGAGGGCCUGGACGAUGACGAGGACGAGGAGGAGUAUGAUGAAGAUGCUCAGGUAGUGGAGGAGGAGGAAGACGAGGAGGAGGAGGAAGAAGGCGAAGAGGAGGACGUGAGCGGGGAGGAGGAGGAGGAUGAAGAAGGUUAUAAUGACGGGGAAGUAGACGAUGACGAAGAUGAAGAAGAUCUUGGUGAAGAAGAAAGGGGUCAGAAGCGAAAACGAGAACCCGAGGAUGAAGGAGAAGACGACGACUAAGUGGAAUAACCUAUUUUGACAAAUUCCUAUUGUGAUUUGACUGUUUUUACCCGUCCCUCCCCCAAAAUCCCGCCCCCCGAAACUUAUUUUUUUCUGAUUGUAACGUUGCUGUGGGAACGAGAGGGGAAAAGUGUACUGGGGGUUGUGGGGGGAGGGAGGGUGGGAGAGGGUGGAAUAAAAUACUAUUUUUACUGCCACUCUUUAUUUUUAUUCCCCCCUACUUUUUUCUUUGUGUCUGGUUUUAUCCCUGUAAAUGAAAUAGCUGAGUACACACCAAGUGAGCAUUUAUUCCUUACUCUCAAAGAGGAUGGUUUGGAGGUCUCUUACAUUUCCUGGUAUUUCCCGAGGCCCUUGGGUUGGUUGGAAGGCCAUGGCUGGUCUCAGUCUGGUUUCCUGAAGCCCAGGAAGGCCUGAGCACCAGCCAUGUCUUACCUCUUGCUCUGUCUGGUUCACGUGAUUUCUGCAUUUCUCAGGCCUUCUAGAGGCAUCCAACGCCCUGGUUUGUAAAUAGCAACCUAAAGGCGUAUUUUGGCACUGGUUGGGGGACAUUCCCCAUCUCUCAUUCCCUUUCCCUCUUCACAGAUGGUGGUGGGCUUUGCUCUACAAAGAAGACUCUGAUGUCACUCUUAAGAGCUAUGAGCCAGAGAGCCGAAAACAGCAGGCUUAUGAGUUAUAAGAAAAAUGGAUUUGGUAAUUAUAAUUAAAA